GUCAAGGGAGGCCCCAAAACCGUCUACACAGCAGGAGGGAUGGCCAGGGCUCUAGAGCUAUAAGUGGCGUCUCAGGGCCCUAACGGGCGUCUCGCCAUGCUGUUCCUGGGGCUGCUGCUGCUGCCCCUGCUGGCAGGUGCCCGCCUGCUGUGGAACUGGUGGCAGCGCAGGAGCCUCCACCUCCCGCCUCUUGCCCCGGGCUUCCUGCACCUGCUGCAGCCCAACCUCCCCAUCUAUCUGCUUGGCCUGACUCAGAAAUUCGGGCCCGUCUAUAGGCUCCACCUUGGGCUGCAAGAUGUGGUGGUGCUGAACUCCAAGAGGACCAUUGAGGAAGCCAUGGUCAAAAAGUGGGCAGACUUUGCCGGCAGACCUGAGCCACUUACCUACAAGCUGGUGUCUAAGAACUACCCAGACCUGUCCCUGGGAGACUACUCUCUGCUCUGGAAAGCCCACAAGAAGCUCACACGCUCAGCCCUGCUGCUGGGCCUCCGUGACUCCAUGGAGCCUGUGGUGGAGCAGCUGACCCAGGACUUCUGUGAGCGCAUGAGAGCCCAGGCCGGCACCCCUGUGGCCAUCGAGGAGGAAUUCUCUCUCCUCACCUGCAGCAUCAUCUGUUACCUCACCUUUGGAGACAAGAUCAAGGAGGACAACUUGAUGCCUGCCUGUUACAAAUGUAUCCAGGAGGUGCUAAAAACCUGGAGCCACUGGUCCAUCCAAAUUGUGGACGUGAUUCCCUUUCUCAGGUUCUUCCCCAAUCCAGGUCUCCGGAGGCUGAAGAAGGCCAUAGAGAAGAGGGACCAUUUCGUGGAGAAGCAGCUGAGGCAGCACAAGGAGAGCCUGGUGGCAGGCCGGUGGAGGGGCAUGAUGGACUACAUGCUCCAAGGAGUGGCGCAGCCGAGCGUGGAAGAGGACUCUGGACAGCUCCUGGAAGGGCACGUGCACAUGGCUGCGGUGGACCUCCUCAUUGGUGGCACUGAGACCACGGCAGUCACCCUUUCUUGGGCCGUGGUGUUUUUGCUUCACCACCCUGAGAUUCAGCAGCGACUGCAGGAGGAGCUAGACCACGAACUGGGCCCCAGUGCCUCCAGCUCCCGGGUUCCCUACAAGGACCGCGCACGGCUGCCCUUGCUCAAUGCCACCAUCGCCGAAGUGCUGCGCCUGCGGCCCGUCGUGCCCUUGGCCCUGCCCCACCGCACCACACGGCCCAGCAGCAUCUCUGGCUACGACAUCCCCGAGGGCACAGUCAUCAUCCCCAACCUCCAAGGCGCCCACCUCGAUGAGACGGUCUGGGAGAGGCCGCAUGAGUUCUGGCCUGAUCGCUUCCUGGAGCCAGGCAAGAACUCCAGAGCGCUGGCCUUCGGCUGCGGGGCGCGUGUGUGCCUGGGUGAGCCGCUGGCGCGCCUGGAGCUGUUCGUGGUGCUGGCCCGACUGCUGCAGGCCUUCACGCUGCUGCCCCCCGGGGACGCCCUGCCCUCCCUGCAGCCCCUGCCCUACUGCAGCGUCAUCCUCAAGAUGCAGCCUUUCCAAGUGCGGCUGCAGCCCCGGGGAAUGGGGGCCCACAGCCAGUGAAGGGGCAGGACCGAUUUCAGUCAGGUGCCUCAGUUUCUCCUUUAUUGCUCCCCUACGAGCCCCUCCCCUCCCCCCUGUAAACAUAGUGCUGUGAGGUCACUGGCAGAGAAGGAGAAGGCUUCCUCCAGUGGCCAGGUGGUGAAGGCCCCUGGCUCUUCUCUUGGGGCGACCCCUCAGUGCUUGGCAGUCAUACUGGGGUGCGAGAGAGGUGGGCAGCAGCUCAGCCUCCCCCCGUUGGGGACCGAAAGUUUCUUGGUCUCAGCUUCAUUUCCGUGAAGGGCACCGAGAACUCAAAGCCCUUCCAGUAGUACCAGCUCACUCCCUGGAAAAUGGGUGUCAAGAGAGUGUCAAAGCCAGAUGUCCCAUCUGCUCCUCCCGUUC